UUAGAAAGAAAUGCACCUUAACUCCGACGUAGCAAAAUUGGCAAGUCUGACGUCUGUCCUAAAAAAAGGCAAAUCUAUGCAGGCACCAAAUUGAAACAACAUUUCAGUAAUCUUAGCAAAUUUUUUACAAUUGUAACAUACCGGCGGUAGCUCCACAGUUCAACGCAAUGCCUCUCGACACAACUGACCCGAAAGUAAUUAGAUUCUUACUGGAAUGUUACGAAAAGGAGGCCCAAGCACGACUGGCAUGGCGGGAAAAGCAUUCAAAUAUGUUCCAAAAGGCAGCUACGUUCCGAAAGGAACUGAAGAACUACACACAUGCGGACAUAGACUACGCUUUAGCUGCCGCUGGCAUGGCGGCUACAACCCGUGACCAUAUCGAAGCAGCGAGGCAUAGACUAACAUCUUCUAAAGAAAUCGUUCCAAAACGAGACGAAUUCGAAUCAGCGUUGAUAAAAAUGUUCCCAGUUGAACCUGAACACGAAUCACUCAGGAUCAAUGAGGGUCGUAAAGCAUACCUAAAGAAGCGGUAUGAGUUGAGCCCCGAAGAAAAAUAUGUGUUCCCAGAAACUUCAAAUUGGAUGUAUGGGUGGAGAAUGAAGGACAGUGAGAUGAAGGCAGUGGGUUCACGAUAUCCUCGAGUAGGGCUCAUGAGAAAGGCUUUAUACAGUAACGUUGGACCUCAACCAGAUCCUAGCUACUAUGGUGAUCCCGCCUGCACUAGGACGUUUUGCUCAAAAUUCACAUAAAAGAUUGGUACGUAC